AUGGUUGAACUCAGAAAACGCAAGGCGCCUGCCCCUCCUGUCCCAGAGAAGAAGAUCAAAGCUCCUAAGAAAGAAGAUACUGUCAAUAAUGAUAUUGAAGAGACCUCCCCAAAGGUUCUUGAGGUGGAUGAUAUAAUCGACCUUGAAACUUUCGGUGGCGAGAUUGAAACCAAUGAUGGUGAAACGACUUCUUUGAAGAAGCUACUCGAAGAGAGCAAAUCAGGCGUGGUGUUGUUUACUUACCCCAAAGCCUCAACACCUGGUUGCACCAAACAAGCUUGCUUGUUCCGUGAUAAUCACACCCACCUGACUUCCUCUGGUCUUUCUAUUUACGGUCUUUCCGGUGAUUCUCCCAAGGCCAACACCACUUUCAAAACCAAACAAAACCUUCAAUAUCCUCUUCUUUGUGACCCCAAGGCCACUCUGAUUGCAGCUAUUGGUCUCAAGAAAUCCCCCAAGGGCACUAUGCGAGGUGUCUUUGCAGUUGAUAAGAAGGGUAAAAUCUUGCUUCGUGAGGCAGGUGGCCCAGAUGCGACUGUGGAUGCUGUCCAGAAGAUCGUUGCCAAUGCUUCAAAGGAUGAUCAGGAAGACAAGCAACACACGGAUGAAAGGGAGGAUGAGGAGGAAAAUUAA